AUAACGCAAUUCAACGCUAUAUAUACUCGUAUUUAUCUUAAGUGAACGUUUUAAAUACCACACCUACAUUUGAUAACAAGUAUUUAAUAUGAUAGGUAUUAUUCUUCGUCAGUAGUUUCAAAUUUAGUGUUUGAAAGCUUGGAGUUUUAUGUGUAUACCUUACAACUAAACAUUUAUUAACGCUGCUUAGAACAGAUGAUUUUUGACGAUAUGUGAGUCAACAUACACCAUUUCAGGACGAAUUCUGUGUUACUUGCCGUCGAAUAGUUCCGUAAAAACACAACGACAUAAAAUAGACGAGCUGUAAUAACUGAAAAUAACAUUUUCUGAUAUAUUAUAUAUAGGUAAACAAACAACGGAAUUAUUUCAGUUUGGGCAUAGUGAGACAUAGUCAACCGUUCAAUCUAGCUGAAAUUUCAUUUUUAAAAAAAGGCCGACCCUGUGCUGAGAGGCCAAACAGGCCUUUUCACACAAAAUACUGAAUCUGCCUCUUUGAAAUGUUGACAAAAUGGGCUUUACUUUUUUUGACAUACAAAAUAUGCGUUGACUAUUUACAAGGAAUAACAAUUCCUUGUGAUCAAAAAUAUCAAGCGGAAAAUGGCAAUUUAUGUUAUCCCUGUGGCGAGGGGUAUUACAGGGUAUCAGACUGUGUCGUAAAUGGGGAACAAGCUAGAUGCAGGCCAUGUAGAAAUGGAGAAUAUCAGCCGUUUUGCGACAAUUCCACAAAGUGUGAUCAUUGCAAACUCUUUUGCAAAGAUCAUACUAGACAAGUCAAAGUAAAAAACUGUACUGUCACUAGUGAUAUAGAGUGUCAAUGCAAAGCUGGAUUCUACUGGAAACCGCAUACAGAGAUACCUGAUGAAGGCCAUUGUGCCCAACAUAGCAAGUGUAGAGCUGGAGAAGGGCUGAUUGAAAAUGGUACACCAUAUGAAAACACGAAAUGUAAACCAUGUGAGGAAGACGUUACCUAUUCCAGCAAUGCUUCAUUUGACACCUGUGUACCCUGUUCUGUGUGCAACUCAACGGUAGCUUUUAAAUGCACAACUACGAGCGAUGUAGAUUGUGGCACUCUGCCGUCACCAACUGAGAGUUCGUCUAAAUAUGGUGGUAAAGGCAUGAUGUUAGUGAUAGUAUUUUCAGUACUUGUAGCACUUGCUGUAGUCGUCGGCGCGUUACUGUUCUUGUACAGGCGACGACGAAAUACUGAAACGAAUAGCCCUAACGGAUGUAGUGAAGUAAACAGAGUUGAUAUUCCCAACGGGAGCACACAUGGAUCAUUACAGGGCCAAAAUAAAGAAGUUAAUUCUAGCCAAACAGGUAAUGGAGUUCAUUAUUAUCCUAAUCGACUGGCACGUGCUCUCGGAAAUACUGCAACUAGUUCACGGAAAGACCAUGCCAGUGACACAAGAAAUCUUUCACAGCAAAGAAAUGGACUGUUUCAUGGCAGUAUUGCGGAAAAAACUAAAGGUGAUUUCAGACUUAGUUUGUCAAAUUUACAGCAGUCCUUGUGGCAUAAUCAUGAAAACAGCGAAUAUGACGCACAGCAAAUCAGACAGACCGAAACUUCAACCGCUCUUGAUCACCAACAUGCAACUAUUAAUAUGCAAUUUAAUUCCCCAGAUUCCGAAGAUAACAGUUACUGUUCAGUGAUCGAUACCGGUAGAGCUUAUACCGUUUCUUCACAAAAUAGAUGUACCUCAAGUGAAACAUCUGAGAACGGUCUGCGAAGUGACUGUUCGAACAAACGUACAGGGUUGUUCCAAAAAAUACAUAAUACUAAAAACGGAGGCACUGCUAAAGACCAGAACACAAUCUAUGACAUUAAUCGGAGAUCGAAAGAUUGUACCUUCAGUGCAACGCCUGAAAACGCUAUUCGAAAUUAUCAUCCGGACAAUCGCGCAGAGAUGCUUCAAGAGAGACAUGAUACACGAGAAACAAGCACGGACACGAAAAAGGGAACUCAAGAUAUAGAAAAACAUAGGUCGAAGCUAAGCAACGGAUCUGCUAUGCCUGCUACCUCAGAAAGCAUUGCCAAUGGCAUCUUUAAUAGGCAGUUCGCUCCUGUAACUGAAGUAAAUAAUUCAAAGUUGAAUGGCGCUGUACAAGGUGAAAAUAUUGGUGAUAUGAGUAUGGAUGCCUUCGGAGUUUCGGCAAGGCACGGAGUACAACAGGUGUCCUUAUCGGAAUGCACUUCUGGAGAGGAGAGGAGUGAAACAAAUAAAGCAGAUUUUACCACUGGGACACAUGACUAUUCUGAGGUGGUUGAAGCAGAGGUAGGAACCAAACCAGAUGGAAGUUGUGGACCAGCAGUAACAGAAACAGUUUGGUUUGAAAGUAUGGAUUUUCUUGCACAUCAAAUGAGUUUUAAAGAUUUUAGAAAGUUCAUCAGAAGACUUACGGCAAAUACAUAUCCCAAGUUUCACGAAACGAUUGAUGUGAAAAUAGAAAACUCCGUAGAAAGUAAUGCGUCUUGUUCCGAGAAAAUGUACCAAUUAAUGAGAACCUGGAGACAGGCAACACCAGAAGCAUCACUAAUGGAUGUCUUUGCCGCUUUAAGACAAUCGGAGUUGAACGUGGUAUGUAAUCGUCUAAUAGGAUCAUUAAGAAGUAAAAACCUGUUAGACAGUGGAUUAGAGGAACAAUGAAUAGAUGAGAGCCGAAAUGAAAUUAAAACAAAAGCAUUACCUCGUAGCGAACUUCCAGUGCCGAAUACGAUACUAAGAAUAGAAAAUGAUGUAAUGGAAGAAGAAUGUGAUACCAAUUCCAGAAAUGUUAAUCAUGAGAUGAUGGAAUUGAAACCACUUUAAACCACUUUAAGAAAACAUUUAGUGUUCAGAUAAUUUACGUUUAUUAUAGGUUUCGGGUACGAAAUACAUAGCCAUGUGUAGUGUGCAUAAAUGUCUCCACACGUACUCUAAGUACGAACAUUUAUUUCGUACCAAUUGGACUUCUCUCAAACUACGAGUCAUAACUUGUAAGCGUAUGAUAAUAUCGCUAGGGCUAAGUAAGAAACCAAGCUAAAAGAAACUGGUCUAGAUAGCAAAAUUCUUAAUUCUGUCAUUUCAUUGUAUAAAGAUGUUCAAUGCUGUAUAAAGUUAAAUUAUUUUGAUUUAACUUUGGUUGGGAGUAAAUUGAGGAUUGAAGCAAGGCUGCCCAUUGUCACCAAUACUUUUUAAUUUGUAUAUCAAUGACUCAGUCACUGCUAUUAAAGAAACAAAUAAUGGUAACACAAUAAGUUACGAAUUGAUAAUUGCAGAUGACGUUGUAAUUCUGGCUGAAACUCAGGAACAAAAACAACUAGAUAUUUUAAAUAUUUGGUGUAUUGUUAAUAGUAUGACUGUCAAUUAUGAUUCAUUUUAGAACACCUAGUUGCAUACAAACGAGUAUUGUCUCUAUGUUGGGACACCUCCAUUACAUAUAAUACAUAGUAACUGUGGUUUCAACUUUUCAACAUUUUCAAAACUAUAUAAGAUAUAAUGGUUUUACCUGUUAUAUGGCAUUCAGCUCCCAUCUGGGGUGAUAACUCUUACUCAUGUAUAAAUUCUGUUCAAAGCAGGGCCAUGAGUUAUUUUCUGGGAAUGGGGAAAUACAGACCAAAUGCAGCUGUAUUUGGGGAUACGGGCUGAAAGCCGAUAUUUGUUUAACAAUAGGAUUGCAGUUACAAGACAGUUUUGCAGAUUUUCGAUGAUGCAGUAUUUGAGAUUAAAUAAAAAAAGUUUUAAACUUUCAUCCAAUGUUAGAUGUAAAAACAGUAUUAUUCGCAUUUAUAAAAUGUUUAGUAAUAUUGGCAUUGUUGGUAUAGAUAAUAUACAUUUACAACGUUGUUCUCAGAUUUCUAUCGAUGGGUUAGUGAAUAUUAGAGAUUGAAAUUGAUAAUUACAAACAAUCAGUAACACGAGAUGAAUCAGUAAGAGGAAAAUGUUGCAAUAAAUUAAGAACUUACUGACCUAUAGACACUUAUUUUGAAACUGAAUUUUAUGUUCAAAUGUCACAAGCAUUUCACGUCCGUAGUUGUAUGGCAAAGUUUAGAUGUAGCACCCAUCAGAAUAGGAACAGUGAGAUAUGAAAAUUAAGGUGUAAUGCACGAACUUGUUUGAAUUGUUUGAUCUGUAUUAAAGAUGAAAAACAUGUUUUACUAAAUUGUUCAUUAUAUUCAUCUGUAAGGGAAUUCCAAUGCUUUUGAUAAAUUAUAUGAUGUCAAAGAGAAAUUUUGUGUAUUAUUCUCUGACACAAAUAUAUAAAAGUACACAGCAAAAGCCUGUUUUGAUAUUUCAAAACAUAGAUUUUUUAUUGUAUUGUAGAUAAUGUCAGUAAUAUUUUAACAUUGCCAUUUGUAGUUGUAAAAAAUGUAUAAAGGAACAGUGAAUCAAUCUGCAAAUGUAUAUCAAUUCUGAUUUGACACAAUCUACAUAUUAUAAAAGAUUUAUUAACAAUACUUUAAACAAGUAUUCUCUGUUUCAUGUCUUAAAAGCCGUUUUAACUUUAUUUGGUCAUAGAUGGAUUCAAAAUUUCCUUACAGCAUCUGUCUGCAGCUAGUCACAGAUGGAUUCACAGUUUCUCAUUCUUUUACGUAAGGAAAUCUUAUUAUUGAAGAUUAAAUAGUUUUAUUUCAAUGACUUAGUGAUCUUAUUAAAUAUUAGGUCUUAGAAUAUGUAAAUGUAUGAAACUAUUGUAUAGAUCAAAAUGUCUCAUAUUUCUGUACAGAAAGGCAUACGUAUUAUAAUAUCUUAAUAAUAAACUGUUUAAAGAUACAUAAAAGAA